AUGGACUCCGAAGACAUGGGGCUAGUUGACGAUGUAGACCGUGCUUUGCAGAGAAUCAGGGAGGAGGGAUCGGUCGAUUGCUUGAAGAGGUUUCUGCAUGAGCACAGAUACGAUCUGGGAUAUGUGGAAAAGUUUUAUGGGGCGUUUGUUGCCAAGGGAGAUGGCUGGGGAGGUGAUGUCUACGAGAUGUUUGGGAACUACUUUCUCCAGAGCAGAUCAUAUGGUAGCGUGGUUGGGGUGCUUGCACCAUGGCUUGAGUCUGUGAAAGGAAGAUACAGUGCUGAGGAGUGCAUGAGGCUUUUUGGAUACUUCAACAGGAUGUAUGAUGGGAUGUCCGAGUCCACAAGGGAGGGAGUGUGCGGGAGGCUCCUCGAGAUUCUCCUGGACCUUGGGUGGGUACUGGGAGGAAACGGGGCGCUGUUUGAGUCGUAUGUCGUGUGCGAAAAGGUGUGCGAGAUGAUAGCACUGGCGGGGAAGUUCUCGUCGAAGUCCAUGGCAAUACUGUACAUGGAGCUUCUCUGCACCUUCUUUAUUGAAUCUAGUAUGCUUUUUUCGUAUGCCAAUGCCAUCAAUGUUCUUGUAUCUCUGGAUCCCGGGUCUAUCUAUGGACAGUGCAGCAUUGAGGAUUUCCAAACGAUAUGCUCGUAUGCGCGCAUCAAGAAUGAGGGAGACAGGCACAGGAAGCUGUUCUGCAAGAGCAAACUCUCUGAUCUAAGCGAGGUUCUUGCCAAUGUCACGAAGAGGUGCUCUGGAAUGGACGUGUCUCCAGACACUCUUGUUCGAAGAAGAUUUGACUUUGAGAUGUGGGGUAGAUAUGCAGAAAGCGUCGGGAAGCGCAUUUCUGUUGGAGAGAACAUGGAUCUGAUUGCGUUUAUGAAGAGGAACGACCUUGGGUUUGCUGUUGAGGGCGGAGUUGUUUGUGUGGACGGGUUUGAUUACAAGACUGUUGAGAAGAAGGUGUUUGAGAUUAUUGAUGAAUACAGGGAAAAGGCAGAGGCUACCUUCAAGCCUGUUGUGGAGAGGAGAAGGAUUCCUGGGGCAAGAAGCAUUGCGAAGAAGGAGCAGCCUGUGCGCCCAAGAAAAGCUUCUAGGUUCCACGAUAGGUUUACCAUGCCCUACAAGAAGAUGAAGGCGUAUUCGAGAUAUUACAUGAAGAAUGCAGGAGGAAUAGAGGAUAUCUGGUAUGAAAGGAGGAAUGAGGAGAUGAGGAGGGUAUUCGAGGAGGAGGAGGAUCUGCUGAGAAGAAGAAGAGAGGAGCUCCGAGCAUAUGUCCCUCUUGUUGAGGAGAUGGGGAAGAGCCUAUCCAGGAAGAUUGAGGAGUCGGCCAAGAAGAUUGAAGCCCCCGCUGUUAAAGCCGCCAGAUCCACACAUUGGAGAAGCGAGGUUGAUGACGGCAGAGCAUACAGGCCUCCAAGUGUCCAUCUGCCCAGAGCCCAGAGAGCCUAUGUCCCCCCACCAGGUGCAUUCAGACAUUCGCCAUCAGAAGACUCUGGAAAGCAAGAUGACUCGAAUCCAUUUAGAAGGAACAGGACUCCGCGUAACAGCUCUUGGUACGCCGCCAGUAAAGAUGGAGAGUCAGAAAAGAAAAGCGAUUAG